AAGUAUUUUUAGAUGGCGUUAAAAUCGAUAUUUUUUUUUACUUGUUGGCAGCACUGAAUUUGAAAAUUAGUCAGUUGUCAGUACAAGCUAAACAAGCGUGUGAGUUUCUGUGUAGGUUAGUGUGUUGGUGUUUGGUUGUUUUUAAAUUCGAUCUAGAAUUUAAAGAGAUAAAAAUUUGUUAUAAAAAAGAAAAAAAGAGACAUAAACAAUAAUUAUAGUGUUAUUUUAAUUAAGCAGUUUAAAACAAAUAAAUUAUUAUUUGUAUGUUUUACUACAAUAUAAUGCGAUAGAUUAUAGAAAAAAUCUGAUAUUGACACAGUUGAAUUGAAAACUACAUUAAAAUGGUAAGAAAUUUUGUAAUUCCUCUGGUGAGGGAUGAGCUUUUGACAUCACAUGCUGGACAGUACUUCGUCGAAGAGAUUACUCCACUACGAACGAUAUCACAAGCUCUUGAUGGUACGCGAUCAGCAUUACAAACGAAUGGUGCACAUUUUAUUCUAAAUCACUUUGACACAUUUUUCUCUAUCGUUGUUCACGGCACUAAAGUGGAUCUUGACAUACGUUUACGUGCUUUUAAUAGAAUUCAUAAAGCUGUAGAAAUACUUGUGGAUGACCUGGAAAAAAUAUUUAACUAUGGCGAGGAUAUUACAGAGGAAGAGGAUAGAGAAACAUAUUUAUGCAUCAACAAUAUGUUGGCAUAUUUAUUUUCGUGGUUCAUCUGUCAUAUAGAAGAACAAAUAAAAAAUGCAAGCGAAGUUAACAUUGGAAAGCGUAAGAAAAGCACAAAGUCAGAUAUUGAAGAAGAAUGGGAACAAUCAAGACAGAAAGCUUUAGAACUUCUUUAUCGAUGGCUGCAGGUACCAUUGCAUAAAAUUUGGAGACCCCCUAUUGUUGAUAAUUCGUUUAUAAUGACUUUAGCACAGAUAUGUUACAAGAUAUUAGAACAGAGUAAAGACGCUAAGCAAAAACACACAAGACAAACUAUAUUUGAGAUUCUAGGAACUUUGAUUAAAAAAUACAAUCAUGGAAUAACUUGCGUUGUGAGGAUUGUUCAGUUGGUGAAAUUAUACGACGCACUAGCAAUACCCAUUGCUAAUGGUGUGGUACAUAUGGUGACUGAUUGCGGUUGCAAUGGUUUGAUAAAAGAAGUGAUGAAUGAAAUUGGGCAAAGCGAAGUUAGCGAAGCAGAUAACCGUAAUACAUCUAUAUUUCUCGAGAAUAUCGCAAUCUUACAGCCCAAUCUUAUAAUUCCUCUCCUCGACGAAAUCACUGAUUACCUGUCAAAUGAGUUCUAUUCAAUGAGAAACUGCGUGAUUGGAGUCUUGGGUGUUGUAAUACAAGCAUUGACUGGCGAAGAUCUUACGGAUGAACAAAAAGAGCAACGCGAUGAAUGUCUGGAUAAUUUGGAGGAGCACAUUUUGGAUUGCAAUGCUUACGUGAGAUCGAAAGUGCUUCAGACUUGGCAGCGUUUGUGCUGCGAAGGCGCUUUGCCAUUAGCGAGACACGGGAGGCUUUUAGCCUGUACCGCAUUGCGUUUAGAAGAUAAGAGCGCGAAUGUCCGCAAACAAGCUCUUCAAUUGCUGGGUACUUUGUUGCAAAGUAAUCCUUUCGCUGGCAAGUUAAAUUGCGUUGAACUCUCUAAUUCGUUGGAAAAAGAGAUAGCAAAAUUGCAAGAAUUACAAACGCACAUUGUGAGUGCUAGUGGACGUGGUCACAAGCAAAGAUUUCACCUUUGGACUGUUUUACAGUCGGAUAUAAAGACAGCAAUAAAGGAAGUUUUAAAAAAUGAUGAAGCUGAAUAUACAAAUAAUACAGAACAAGAUGAGAAUAUCGAUCCAAAUGAUGCAUUCGAGCAUGUGAGACAAUUAUUAUUAGGCCGAAAAGUUACUGAAGCAGUGACAUACCUGUGGAAGACGUGUACGAAAUUGGAGGAAGCGCCUGAGAUGGACGAUCUUUCUGCUGCAGCAAAAGAAGAAUGUUUAUUUGCCUUUUUGCUGAAAAUUUUUAUAGAGUCAGAAAAUAAAUCGAAAGAUGACGAAGACGAAAAUGCGGAAAAGUUAGAGCAAAACAAUGACAAGAAAGAGGAAUUAAGAUUACGAAAGCGUGUUAUAAAUUAUUUAAAAAAUUGUCUGGAGUUUGCAACCGAGUUAGAAAAGGCUAUACCAAUGGCGGAAAAAUUGCUAUUCUCUACCAGUGCUGGCGACGCUGUCGAAUCGUGCACAUUUUUAGGCACUGCUUUCCAAUUUGGUGUAACCGGAGCGGCCAACUCCAUGCGCGAAGCACUGUUUCAAGUGUUUCAUCGUGAUCAAUCUGUGCGUAAUAAUGUGGCCGUGGUGUACAAGGAGAUCUAUCUCGAUACGAAUAAUGAUAAACGAUCGACUCGUCAAAUAGCCGUAGCUCGUGCGAAUCGUCUGAUUGAAUUGUUGAAAGAAUUGAAACCUGGACAGAGCCCAGCUUUGACUCUGUUGAUUGUAACAUGGUACGAGAAAGAAGAAUUAAACAGCGAAUUGCUACAAGUAUUAUGGGAAAAGUUUUCCAUGAAAUAUCCAGACACAUCUCCAAUAGAUAGCAGAUCCGCGUUAAUGAUAAUAACGAUGAUUGCUCAGGCAAAUCCCAACAUAGCAUCUGAUAAUCUGGACGUAUUAAUGAAGAUAGGAUUAGGUCCGCGCGCGAAAGACGAUCUUCUUUUAGCGCGAGAUACUUGUAGAAUUUUAUUAAAGAUAAAACAAACUAGCAAGGAUGUCGAAAAAUCACCACUAAGGUAUCCUAACAGUCAUGAUAUAUUCAGAAAAAUAUUGACAUUACUAACAGAUUUUUUUAUCAGCGCAGAGGAGAAUGCUUAUAUUUCUUUCGCGACAGAUGCACUUAACGCUAUAUAUCAUUUAGCGAAUCAACCUGACAAGUUAAUAAAGGAAUUGUUAUUGAACUUUACUGAGAAGGGUCAGUUUAUAAAUAAAGAAAAGAACGAAAUAUCAGAUGUGUCAAGCACCGUACUUUCUAACUUGCUCUACAUAAUCGGACACAUUGCCAUCAAACAGUUAGUUCACCUGGACGUGUCCAUUUACAAAGAACUAAAGCGUAGAAACUUGCUACGAGAAAUGCAGGGUAAGAAAAAGAAACGGAUGUCGAAAAGCACGUUUUCCACGCCGGAUAUUAGAACUAAAUCGGCCAACGUGUCAACGUUGUCGAGUGCGCGACGAGUUUCUCGACCUAAAGACACAUCGAUAUUCAAUGAGGAUAACGGAGAAGAAGCCUUAGAGGGUGCCAUGGACGAUGCUGAGGCGGAGUACGUGAACGGCGCACUCGAACAUGAAAUUCUCACUGGAGAUGGUUUACUCGUGAAAUUUGUGCCGCUGAUAUUGGAUGUAUGUCAGUAUCCCGACAAGUAUAAUAAUGAAAACGUACAGGCUGCAGGUUCGCUUGCGCUCAGCAAAAUGAUGACGGUGAGCUCUGAGUUUUGUGAACAAUCUUUACAACUUUUGAUCACCAUAUUAGAGCGAUCGCCGUAUCCUGGAAUCCGAUCGAAUAUGCUGAUCGGAUUAAGCGAUCUUGCUACUAGGUUCCCUAAUCAGGUAGAACCAUGGUCGAAACACAUUUAUGGCAGACUUCGAGAUGAAAAUGUAAAUGUGCGUAGGACAUGCGUUCAUAUGUUGUCAAAUCUGAUAAUGAGAGAAAUGAUACGUGUGAAGGGACAAGUUUCGGAAUUAGCUCUUUGCGUUAUCGAUGAGGACGAACAAAUACGCCGGAAUACGAAGGAAUUCUUCAUUCAACUUGCCCAAAAAGGCAACACUUUAUACAAUAUAGUGCCAGACAUAUUAUCGCGCUUAGCAGAUUCCCAAUUAAAUCUCGACGAGAAAGAUUUCCAGGAAACCAUUAAAUAUAUUCUCGGUCUGAUGCAGAAAGAGAAGCAAAUUGAUACCAUAAUUGAUAAGAUUUGUGCUAGAUUUAAGUUAGCUGCCACAGAGAGACAAUGGCGUGAUCUUUCCUACUGUCUGUCGCUCUUGCAAUUUAGUGGAAAGAGUAUACGACGUCUUAUCGACAGUUUACCAUUACUGAAGGAAAAAAUUCAUUAUAAACCGGUAUUAACGGCCUUGCAAAAUAUAAUUGAACAAACAAAGAAAAAGGCAGAUGCAAAGGUCGUUUGUACAGAAUUGGAAGAGAAAAUACAAGAACUUUUGGAGGCUAAAGAAGACAAUGAAAUAUCAGAUAAGCAUUUGAUGCCACCUCCAUCUACUGUACCGAGAAACAAAAGAUCUAUCCGUCGAAACAGACGUAAAAGCACGAGCGAUGAAGACGAAGAAGAUAGCUCUGACGAUUCUGACGAAGAUACAGACAAUGUAAUUGUUGUAAAAACAAGAAAUAAUAAAAGAAAGUCAAUCAAUAAUGAAAAUAUUUCAAAAGCAGAAUCAUUGAAUGGUGAGGCUAAUACUGAUGUUACCUUGACGUCUAUAAAACAUGGCAAAAGAAAAGAACAUGCGGAAAAUAGGAAGGCAGCACUUAAUAAUAACGCUUUACCGUCUCCAAAACGAACUAAAAUCAAUAAAUCCUUGCGAGAAACUCCGACAGAGAGGAGAAGUUCAGGUCGAUUACGGAAAUAAUUUAUAUUUUAAGUUUACAAUUAAGUUAUUUACAUAAACAAGGUAAAUUUCUUCAUGAGUUAGAGGAAUAUAACUUCUAUCAAUUAAAUUGUUUUGUACAAUAACAAUAGUAGUAAUAUACAAAAUAAGUACUAAACGUUUUGUAUAUUAAGUAUAAACAAUAUUCAAAUUU